AUGGCUUUACACGGAACCGAGGAUCUCCCUACGAGAUCGCUUGGGGAGGCUCAAGCUGUUGCUGCUGCAGAGUCCGCACAAGGUGCGCCGACGACGGAGAGCGAGAAGCCCAAAAAGCAAACGGGCGAUUCGCUGCCGGAUUUCAUCAUUGAGCGAAACAGGCUCUUCGAAGAGCUAUGGCAGGAACAUCUCAAGGAGCUCAAGGAAAAGCCUCGUUUUGACAUCAACGUGACGAUCGAUAUCGGCGACGGGAACCCAUCCACAAUUAUCGCCAAAGCUUGGGAAACCACCCCUGCCUCUUUACUCAAGGAUGUUCCGAAAGAGGUCAGCGCUAAUGUUGUCAUUGCCAAGAUAGAUGAAAAGGAGCUGUGGGAUUUGAACCGGCCUCUGGAGAGGGAUUGCAAGGUUACCUUCCUUCCUUUCGACUCUCCGGAGGGCAGGGAAGUGUUCUGGCAUUCAAGUGCUCAUUGUCUGGGAGAAGCUUGCGAGCUUGAAUAUGGGUGCCUCUUGUCACAUGGUCCGCCCACCGCGCAAGGCUUCUUCUAUGACAUGGCGAUUCCAGGAGGCCGCGUUGUCAAGGAAAGCGAUUGGCCGUCUUUGGAUAAGAAAGCAGCUCAGAUCUUCAAGGAAAGACAAAACUUUGAUAGGUUGGAAGUGACCAAGGAGAACCUCAAGAAAAUGUUUGGGUACAGUAAAUAUAAGCUCCACUACAUUGAUCACCUCGUGGAGGGGGAGAAGAGCACGGUUUACCGUUGCGGCACCCUGAACUCCUCGGCAUAUUUCCUCGGUGACCAGAACAAUGACUCUCUGCAACGAAUCAGAGGCGUUGCGUUCCCUGACAAGAAGCAGAUGCAAGAGCACUUGAAGUUCCUUGAAGAAGCAGAGAAAAGAAACCACUUGAGGAUUGGAAAGGAGCAGGAACUGUUCUUCUUUGACGAAGUGUCGCCUGGGUCUCCUUUCCUUCUCCCUAACGGCACUAAGAUUUUCAACGCUCUGCAGAAGCUUUUGCGUUCUGAGUAUCGGAAGCGCGGAUAUCAAGAGGUGCAGACGCCCAAUAUGUACGACGUGAGCAUCUGGAAGACUUCAGGUCACUGGGCUCACUACAAGGAUGACAUGUUCAAAUUGGACGUUGAAAAAAGAGAAUGGGCACUCAAGCCGAUGAACUGCCCUGGUCACUUUAUACUAUUUUCCCACCGUGAAAGAAGUUACAGGGAAUUGCCUCUGAGAAUUGCCGACUUUGGAGUCCUGCACCGGAAUGAAGCCUCCGGCGCUCUAAGCGGAUUGACUCGUGUCCGAAAAUUCCAGCAAGAUGAUACUCACAUUUUCUGCACGCCUGAACAGAUUUCGUCCGAAAUCGAGGGUCUUUUCGACUUCUUGAAGUCCAUUUACGGGCUGUUUGGUUUCACCUUCAAGCUGAAGCUGUCUACUCGUCCCGAAAAGUACUUGGGUGACUUGGAGACGUGGAACUAUGCUGAGGAACAGCUGAAGCUGGCAUUGACCAAGUUCAAAGGCAAUGAUUGGACAAUCAAUGAAGGUGAUGGUGCUUUCUAUGGCCCAAAGAUUGACAUCACGAUUGCCGAUGCCCUGAAGCGAGAGUUUCAAUGUGCGACUAUCCAACUUGACUACCAGGCGCCGCUGAAUUUCAAACUCGAGUACAUGACCAAUGAGAAAGUUCAGGCCGAUCAAGAAGACUCUAAAGCCCAAAGCGGAGGCAAGGCUGGUGAACCAGGUCCUGGCCGUGCACGCCCGGUUGUUAUCCACCGCGCCAUUAUCGGCAGCUUUGAGCGAUUCCUGGGUAUUCUGACUGAGCAUUUCGGUGGCAAGUGGCCUUUCUGGAUCAGCCCACGGCAGAUUCUGAUUGUGCCUGUUAUGCCCGCGGUCAACGACUAUGUCCUGGAGCUGCAGCAGAUUCUGCGUGGGGACAAGCUGAAUGUUGACGUCGACAUCAGCGGCAACACUUUACAGAAGAAGAUCCGCACCGGUCAGCUGGCACAGUACAACUUCAUUUUUGUUGUGGGUGCUCAAGAAAAGGAGAGCCGAUCGGUCAAUGUUCGCAAUCGCGAUGACCCAUCCACCCAUGCCAAGGGCGUUAUGAUUCCUCUGGAUGAGGUGCGCGUUAAGCUGAGGGCACUUAGGAAGGAGCGCAGACUUGUCAACGCCCUGUAG